AAACCGGAUUUCAGACACAGCUGUCCAGUCCAGAUGUAGAAGACGCUUCUUUGAUGCGCACGGCCAAGGUUCCUCGGACCAUAGUUUUAAUUUCAACAGAUGCUGAUGGUUUAGUUCAUGCUAUACCAAAAGAUGGCUCGGGCGUUUUAAACAUAUUAGUUUACUUUUUAAAUGCAGAUGUGGGAUAUACGUGAGGAGGAGAGGGGUCUUUCACAGUUACUCCAGGAGUUGUAACUGGAAACGAGAAGAAAUCAGGAAAAAAGUAGGCAACGUCUGGUUCAGAAACGAGAAGGGUUGCCGUGACAGCAUGGGGAGCUUCAUGGGUCAUAUCCUGCCAGGGAGCUUCUUCCUGAUCGCAGGCCUGUGGUGGGCCGGCAAGUACUCUCUCUGGUACGCCACCCGCAGGAACAAGAGUGCUGGUGCAGGCCGACUGGCCACCCGGGCCAUGCAACGCCGCAUGGAGAUACUAGAGGGCGCUGUGGUGCUCACUUUUUCACUCAUCGGCAUCCUGUUGGAGCAGUGUGUGUCGAGCGGGCCGCGUUUCCACCUGUACGACGUGGCGACGGGCCGCUGGGAGCAGCUGAUGAUCUGGCAGCACUCCACCAUGUACUUGUUCUUCGCCCUAUCAGGAGCCACUACGCUCACCGUGCACCUCACAGACACCGCCCCCCUCGCACUCGAUAGGCUCAUACUCAGCAUCGCCUUCUUCAGCGAGGGUUUCCUCUUCUACUACCACCUCCACGGUCGUGAGAUGCUGGAUGUCCAUGUGCACAUGCUGUUGCUGUACGCCAUCUUCAUUGGCGCGGCGACGGCGAUGCUGGAAGUGUUCCACAGGGGCAACGUACUUCUGGAACUCCUGAGAACCACCAUGUGCAUACUACAGGGCAGCUGGUUUUGGCAGAUUGGCUUCGUGCUGUAUCCCCCUAGUGGCGUGAAGUGGGAUCUAACGGACCACAGUAACAUGAUGUUCAUCACCGUCUGCUACUGCUGGCACCUGGCCUGCGCCCUCAUCACCGUCUCUGUGCUCUACUGCACAGUCUGCUGCAUGAUCCGGUCCAAGCUGCGGAGGAUGCCACCCAUGGAAAUGGGACUCCUGAAGCCCCGGGAGAGGGACGGGGAGUCGGAGGAUGAGGUGUUAUGAGGAUGAGACCAGCGGAGAGGGAAGGGGAGUCGGAGAGACCAGCGGAGAGGGAAGGGGAGUCGGAGAGACCAGCGGAGAGGGAAGGGGAGUCGGAGAGACCAGCGGAGAGGGAAGGGGAGUCGGAGGACGAGGUGUUAUGAGGAGACCAGCGGAGAGGGAAGGGGAGUUGGAGGACAAGGUCUUAUGAGACCAGCGGAGAGGGGCGGGGAGUCGGAGGAUGAGGUGUUAUGAGGAGACCAGUGGAGAGACCAGAAGCCCUCUGGUCCUCACUUCAGUGAUGGGCAAACUGGCUUCAGAAGCUAUAAAUCCAGUGCCAACUAUUCAAAAUAACCUGGUUCUACUUGUGCAAUAACAAGUGAUGGGCAAAAUUGAUUCAUUAGUUACAAUACAGUUCCACAUAUUCCCAAUGACUUGAUCCAAUUCAGACAGGUGAGUGGCUGAUUGAACGGCCAUCUGUUUGAAUUGGACAGGUAAAACAAGGUCAUUUGGAAUAUGUGGCUCUAGAUUGUAACUAAUGAGUCAAUUUUGCCCAUCACUGGCAAUUAGGAUAUUUGGACGGGUAAAACCAGGUCUUCUGGAAUGUGUGGCACUGGAUUGUAGCUUCUGAAUCCAGAUUACCCAUCAUUCCUCACUGCCUCACUUCCCACGGAUGGAGGAGAUGCCUCAGUGUUACAGGGGGGAGAGUGGCGAGGCUAAUCAGUGGCCACUGGACAGCUCUCAGCUAGCGCUUUAUGCACUCAAGUGAAUAUCGCAGAAUGCUAACAGGCGCUAACUAUCUUGUCAUGACUGUGACUGCUUCAGAUGACAUGGCACGAUGUCAUGAUGGAUCUGCGAGCCUGAGCCAAAUGCUCACACAACUGCCAGGGAAGAGGGGGACAAAAGCAAAUUCAUAUUUAUCUGUGGCAACUCCAAGAUGUUUUUUUUGUAAAACAGAACAAACUCUUGCCUUGAUGUAAACAAGAUGUUUUAGUUCAGGGGUGGGGAACCCAUGUCUUGUGGCCGUUCGAGGCCGUUUUUAUUCGGCCCCUGAUAUAAUUUUAAUGUUAUGCAGCUUCACAUGAAAUAUGACAUAUUUUGUAAAUGAAUCUUAGAAAUUACAUGCAAUACAAUUAAGUUAUAUCAGGGUACCUAGAGGAGGUGGGGUCUGUUUUAAAGGUGGCUCAGCUGCCUUCAAUAUAGGCCUAAUGUGCAGGGGGAAAUCCUGGUUUGUGUUCAUAGUACGGCCCUCUGGACUUUUACGGCCCUUGGAUGAAUUUGAAGUGGCCCAUCGAAUAAAAAAGGUUCCCCAGCCCUGUUUUAGAUAAUAUAAACAUGAUGUCUGUGCACAUUUUCAUUUCAAUUAUAGGCAAGCAGAGAGUUCUGCUGGUGUGGAGAGACAGUAUGGUGUAGUCAGUGCAUCAACAUGACUUUAGCAGUAGGCCUAGGCCUAGUCAUUACCGGUACUGCGCCACAGACAAUAUGAAAAACAAGCUCACAUUGUAUCAGGUACAGAACACAGUGGGGAAAACAGAAGCGUCAGGGAUCGCAAAUAAGUAGCUUUAACAACACAAACUUGAAAUUUAACUCGAAUAAGGGUUUUUUUGUUCACUUUAUGCUUUUAUAUGUAUUCACAUUGUGAUGGUCAGUGAUCAUUUUAAAAAUAGGCCUAAUGAAGAAAUCAAUUUGUAAAAUGUUAAACAAUAUGACGGCCCAGAAAUUCAGUUUGUGAGAUUAACUUUCCCUGGACUGUCUUGGAUCCAGUCUAUUUGGUCCUACCACCAAUUAAUAUUGCUCACCAGGCAACACUGCCAAAGUAAAAAUGUCAAGAAUCGUCACAAUUGUUAUUGUACUAAGCAAUACUGUAGGCUAUAGUCUAUUGUCUGUAUAGUCUUUGAACUAUUUUGAUUUAAUUUGAAUUAUUCUGUCUUAAUUUUGCAGUAUUCUCCCUCAAUGGGGCAAAUGCAUUGCACAUGUUAUAAAGUGAGCUGGGAACACAACCCCAGCGUCUUUUUUAUGACUAUUUAUUGCUUCCUUUGCUUAGAAAAGUUUUUUUUAUUUGUUUCAAAAUGAUGACAAAUAAUUUUGUCUGAUGUAAUUUGUGCACCAGGUGUCAAUUCAAGUUGUUGCAAUAAAAUCGC